GCUGCUCGAUGCUGCUAUAAUGGGAAUCGGCCUUAAUCAAAGCAUGCGCUGGUACUGGGUCCGCGAGUGACGUCACUACACGCGGCGAAAAAAUUCAGUGAUCGAGCAAUCCUUAUAUUCAGCUUAAGUCUGGUGACCAUUGUUUAGCAAACAAUAUUAGUUACUAAGUAAGAUUAAAACUUUGAAGUUAACAAUAUUGAUUAAAUUUGGUAGUCUGAAUCCCACAUUGUAAACGUAUUUUCAAUAUUGAAAUCGAAUGGAUUAUUGAUUAUGAUAAUGGUAUGAAGUUAGCUGUUUUUAGUCCAAAUGCUCCUUUGUAGUUCUAGUAGAGUGUAAUACAUAACCUUUAAAGUACGCUACAGAUUUAUAGGCACAAAAGUACAUGCAAUUUAUCCAUAUAUCUACGUUUAUAUAUCAAAUUAACCAAAUCACAUAAUUAGUUCUGAAAAUAGGUAUUAAAAUGGCUAAGAAACGAACAACAAAAGAACAGUUUGAAAUUUAUGUGCGCACUUUGGAAAAUAAUAAAUUAUUCGUGACUGGCAGGUUAAAGCCAGGUAUGAACCCUGAAAUCCUACAAGAACUUUGGACGUCUCUCGUUGAUGAAUUAAAUUCUUGUGGGAGUGGACCUGUAAGAACGGUGGAAGGCUGGAAAAAGGUUUUUACUGAAUGGAAGUCUCUUGUCAAAAAAAGAGCUCGAGAAGGAAAAUUACUCUCUGAAGUGGAAAAAAGAUAUCUGGAAGCUACAGGUGUUGUGGCUGUGUCAGGAAUUACAUCGGUACAAGAACUAGGUGUUGAAGACACCGAAGCACCGAUUAAUGCAGAUGACGAUGUAGUAAUAACUCUGACAGGGCACCAGGAAACCCAUAUUGAAAUGUGUGAUGAUGAUUUUGAGGAUGUUGAUGAUCCAUCCUCUACUCCUAAGGUUCAGGGGAACAUAAAAAGAGCUACCCCAAAGACCACAAAGAGUUCAAUGAAACACCCCUUACUCAAUGCUUACGCGCAUGGACAAGCUGAGCAAAGGGAUGGUCUUCUGGCGGUUGCUUCUGCCCUACAGGAAAUUGCCCGAGAAAGAAAAACAAAAAUAACUGUUGAACAAUUUAAAAUUUAUUUAAAACAGUUAGAAAAAUUUAAGUGCCUAACAGAGAUACCAACUGAGGAAUUUGCCAAGUUAUGUAAUAUUCUUAAUAACUCAAAGGGGGCAACCAAAAGUGUAGAGGAGUGGAAAAAGAGUUUUACGGAAUGGACCUCGAGAACAAAGAGAAAAGCCAGAGAGUUGUAUGUACAUCGGUUACAAACAGGUGGUGGGAUGCCUAUUGAUAUACAGUUAAAUGAAAUUGAAAAUUGGCUCUUAAACAUCAUUACUAAACUUGUAAUCAGUGGUAUGGAUGUUCCUGAAUUAUGCAAUAGUAAACGAAGCACAGUAAUUUUUAAAAAAAUUUCUAAAUCACUGGAAAACAGACCAAAACAAAAAAAAAGAAGUAGAAGAAAUCGGUUGAGUAAGAAUGUAUUAAGAACUGUAGAGGAAUACAUCAAAAACAACAAAAGAAUGACAUUAACAUUGCACAUUUUAUUACAAUCCUUAGAGGAGUUUCUGGCAGCAGUAAAGAGACUGCUAUCUAUUAUGUAAGGCAAAAUUUUGA